AUGUCUACUACCCAAACAUCCACAGCCAACGCUCGUGACAGCCAUAUACGGCUUCGACCCGAAUCUUCUGUUGAGGAUGCAUUGCAAGAUUACAAGAUCCAUCACUCAUCGCAGCAACUUUCGUCAUCGGAUGAACAGCAGAGCAGCGAUCGCAAUAUCGUGAUUGUCGCGGGGAUCCCUCGAGAAGCCCAACCGAGCAAUUUUGAUUCCUCUCUAGCCCCUCAUCCCACAGUUCCAUAUCCAGUAUCGAACCCAGGGUGGUGGACCGACACUUUCAGGCGCGUUCCUGACUAUAGACCUAUCAACCAGCAUCUGGAUCUCAAUGAGAGACGACAGAUGCUCUUGUUUACGGUCGUUGGUGGCAUUAUGGUUAGAGGAUGCUGGCUUAUGUCGAUUUGGGCACAGGCAUGGAGGAACACUGCUGGAAGGGUAACGGACAUUGGUCUCUCAAAGGUCGGAGGAGAGUGGUAG